AUGGUGAGGGUCCGCAGUUCUCGCCGCGUCCCCGGCCUGCGGCCGAGUGACUAUGAUCACGAAAUCGGCCUGGUCAACCACGACGAGGCGGAGCUGGUCCAGGGCCAGAGCUCCGACGAAGCGACACGCGGGGCCUCGACGAGCUCCCAGCUGGCUUCUCUCACCGAACAGACGGAGCAGGAGCAAGGCCUGAGGGCAGGCGAGCGGGCCGGCAGCACCUCUGCCGAGCCGCAGCCGUCGAGCGGCGACGAGCCCACCUUGGCCGAGGAACAGCUUCAACGCGAUCGGAGCCUGCCCCAGGAGGAGCUCCAACAUGAGGCGAGUCUGCCGCACCCCGCACUGCGGCCGUCCAUUGAAGUCCAAGCACCCACGCCCGACGCAUUCAACGAAGCUCGUCAUCGUAUAAUGCCCAAGAGACCCCGAGAAAAGCGAGAGACGGCCAUAGACAUUCUGUACGAGAAUGAGAGAGGCGGUUUCCUUUGUGGCAUUGCUCUCUUCUCGUCCCAGGCCCUCGGCGGACUAGAUCCGCCAGCAUGGACCAAUGCAUAUCACAAGACAUCCCCCACGAGCAUAUACACGGCGCAGGUCCCUGAUCCCACCUGGGAGUGGGUGUGGCCGGAGUGGCGAGUCAACCAUCAGGAGGGCAUGGACGACGACGGGUGGGAGUACUCCUUUGCUUUUGGCAAAAAGUUCUCGUGGCAUUCGGCCUCGUGGUGGAACUCCUUCGUCCGCAGGCGCGCCUGGAUUCGCAAGAGGGCCAAGAAGAAGCUCGAGACGAUGCCUUCGGACCCGCAACUACUCAACGCCGACUACUUCAUCGUCCGUCCGGCGUCAUAUCGCAGUCGCACCUCCAACGGCAGCAGCCUAGCUAGCAGCCGCGCCCCAAGCAAAUUUAGCUCGGCGGAAGCGUCCAUUUCCGAGGCCGAGGAGCCUCUACCCGACAUUGAGGACAUUGAGACCCUGCUGCGAACAUUGCGCUUGGCCCGGAUAGACCGCGAGAAGCGGGAGGCGGUUGAGAACUACCUCGAGCACGGUACCGACUUGGGAGCCCUGCAAGGCGAGAUGCACGAAAUCAUGUCGCUCUUUGUCUUUCAGGCUUCGCGGAAACAGCUUCUCGGCCAUCUGAUGCGCAAGCACGAAGAGACGGUGGCCGAGUUGGCCAAGGAGGAGACGGAGAACAAGGCUGAGUUGACCAAGCGCCGCGAGGCCCUUGAUGCCGCCAUCAUACACGCCCAUGAAGAAGUCAAGAGACUGGCAUACUGGAGUGACAUGAAGCGGAUGGCCGAGAACGGCGAACUGAGGAGCUCGCUGGAGGCGGAGCAAGGCUGGUACGACACCGACGCGUAUCAAGGGUUGGAUCAGAGCGGGCCGUCGGCACCGAACAAGGGCCAGCUACCAGGAUCCAAGGGAAAGGAACCCAUUUCAUAA